GCACGUACAGCUUUCUUGCUGCAGUAGAAUAAAUUGUUCAUUUCAUUUAACUGAGAAUGUAUUUCGUUUUUGUUUUUACAUUUUAGGUUUUGAUUCUCGCAACGUCACAGCUAACGCUAAAUAAGGUUAGCAAGAUGCAGCAAAGUUAGCAACACUAAGUCACUUUUUACUAUUUAAAUUACGUAAAGCAUUUGAACAAAGUGGCUUUAAUGUUAACCCAUAAGCAUUGGUUGUGAGUCACAUAAUUUGUUUAUUAAGAUGUCCAAUAAAGAAGUGAAGGCUGCACUGAAAAGUGCCAAAGAGGCGAUUAAGAAUAAGGAAUAUAAGGAGGCUUUAAAACACUGUAAGGUCGUUUUGAAACUUGAAAAGAAUAAUUACAAUGCAUGGGUGUUCAUCGGCUUGGCAGCCAGUGAGCUGGAGCAACCAGAUCAGUCCCAGGCUGCUUAUAAAAAAGCUGUGGAGCUGGAACCAGAGCAGCUGCUGGCCUGGCAGGGUCUAGCAAAUCUUUAUGAAAAGGCGGAUCAAUGGGAUUUCCAAGUCGAGCUGCCAAACGUCUACCAAAAGCUUGUUGAGCUAUAUGCAAGGUCUGAUAAAAACAAAUGUUAUGAGGUGAUCAAAAAACUGUCCGAUAUUUAUCAGUCGGACAGGGAAUUUUUAAAGUUGGCAAAGGUUUGGCUGCAGCUUGUUCAGCUGAAGGAGGAAGACGGUGUGGAAAAGAAAGAAUUAGUGCAGCUGCUGCAGAAGAUGACCCAGCUCCUCUUAGAUGGCCUUAAUGGGGAGCAGAUGGACAGUGAAACUCAACAGCAUCUCAUCACAGCUUUUGAGAAGGCCAUACGUCUCACUGAGCCUGUGCCUGGAGAGGAGCACGCAAAGCUUUCGGCUAACUAUAUUAGAUAUCUUUCUGAACUUCCACACGAAGAAACCAAAAUGAAAGAGGCGUGCCGAUCUAUGCUGUCCCUCUACCCAAACCAAGCAUUUCCUCUUGAAGCUCUUUGUUCCCUCUACCUCAAAACCGAUAAUGUGGAUGAGGAUGCAAUUAGCUGCUUUUCCCAGCUCCUGAAACUGGCUCCGAAUAGUGGACUAGGUCACUUAGGUUUGGGUGUCAAAGCGGUUCGAGAUGGGAGGUAUAGCGACGCCAUCAGUAACCUGGAGCAAGGACUAAAGAAGAGGAGCUCAUUAACAGGAUGGAGUAGUCUGGCUGAGGUUCAGUUUAAAAUGCACAGAUACUCUGAUUGUGCUGCGUCGUGCUCCCAAGGCUUGAGUCUGUGUACGCCUGAAGAGGAGAAACUGAGAAACAAACUGCUUCGCAUAAAGGUAGAAGCAUUAGUGAGAAGUGGAGGAGAGAAGGCUGCUGAUGAGGCCUUGGAGACUUUUUCACAGAUCCCAGGAGCUGACAAAGACCCGGUGCUGCUAGCCUUGAAAGGACGUUCAUUCCUUAACAAAGGGAAGAUUGAUCAAGCCCUCAAGGUGUUGUCAGAGCUGGAGGCCUCCAGCCCAAACGUGGUUCAGGGAUCGGCUCUGAGAGGACUGGUACAUUUAGCAGAAGGUCAGCUGCAGCUAGCAGAGCAGAGUUUCCUGAAAGCUGCUAAUCAGAGCCCAGACAGUGGAGAAUAUUACUUCUUGCUUGGAAAAGUCUACUGGGACAUGGGGGCGGACACACAGAAGGACCGAAGCAAAGCUCACACGCACCUGUUAAAGGCUGCUAAGUUAGAUCCACACCUCGGCUGUGCGUUUCGCUACCUGGGGCACUAUUAUAGGAAGGUGGUAAAUGAUAAUGGUCGUGCACAAGGCUGCUAUAAGAAGGCUUUUCAGCUGGACAGCAGUGAUGUGGAGUCUGGAGCCGCUGCUGUGGAUCUCAGUAUGGAUCAGGGGGACAUGGACAAUGCUUUAGCGACACUUCAGUCGGUGAUAGAGAGAGCUACUCCCGGCUCAGCUAAGUGGGCUUGGAUGAGACGAGGCCUGUACUAUCUGAAGAUCGGAGAGCAUCAAAAAGCCACUGCUGAUUUGCAGGCAGCUUUGAGAGCAGAUCCGGAGGACUGGGUGUGCUGGGAAUGUUUAGGUGAGGCCUAUCUAAACCGGCGGAGCUUCACAGCUGCCAUGAAGGCCUUUGGUAAGGCUCAUCAGCUUCAACCUAGCUCCAUCUACAGCCUCUACCAGACUGCUGCCAUCAAACAGACUCUGGGCAAGUUCAAAGAGGCGGCGGCAGAGUACUUACAGAUCACAAGACAACAGGACUACGUUCCUGCUCUUAAAGGACUUGGGGAGUGCCAGCUGUCUCUAGCAAAAGGUUUAAUGGAGGACUGCAGAGACGGAGGAGCCAUUGACCUCAUUCAGCUAGCCAUACACAACCUCUGCAGGGCUGCGAACCUGCGACCAGACCUGUCUUGCUUGUGGAAGCUUCUGGGGGAUUGUUGUACUGCCGUCAGCCUUGUCUCACCAAGCCGGGCUGCAGUUGUGAUGCCAGCCUUACUCACAGGUUUAGACCACAGCACACAAGAUCGCACACUGAACCAGGCUCAGACUCUCAAAGUUGGCGAAAGGUGCUAUGCUCAUGCUCUGAGGUUGAUGCCCAAGGUUGCCAGUCUUUGGUAUGACUUAGGCCUCAACUACUACCGCCAGGCCACCAGCCGGUCUUAUCCCAUGGAAGAAGACCAGAAUUCCCAAACUCUGAACUUAGGGAAAGCCCAGCAGUGUUUCAAAAAUGCCAUCAAGAUGGACAGUGGGAACCACAGCUACUGGAAUGCCUUGGGAGUGAUCUCCAUGAACAAAGGUCUGGAGAACUGUUCUCUGGCUCAGCAUUGCUUCAUCAAGUCGAUUCAAGUUGAGCCGAACAAUGUAGUCGCAUGGACGAACCUUGGAGCUCUGUAUUUGAAGAAGGACAACAUAGAGCUUGCACACGAGGCCUUCAAAACUGCUCAAUCGCUGGAGCCACUUUAUGUCAGCUGCUGGAUCGGACAGGCGCUGAUCGCAGAACGCGUGGGAAGCUACGACACCAUGGAUCUGUUCAGGCACACUACUGAACUCAGCACACACAUGGAAGGUGUGAAAGGCUAUGCCUACUGGGUUUGUUCCACCCUGCUGGAUAAGAACAACCGAGAUGCUGAACUGUACCGGUACAACAUCGUUCAGAUGAAUGCAGUCUCUGCAGCUCAAGUGGCGCUCAGCAAAUAUACAGAGAGAAUUCAGUCUGACCCUGAUGCUUUCAUCAAGCUGGGAUACCUUAAUGAACGCCUGCAGCUGAAGAGGCAGGCCUUAAAGGCGUACCAACGAGCUGUUGAACUGCUGCAGUCCACAUCCUCCCCAGAAGAGCUAGCUUUUUCUCUCAGCUGCUACGCUCGUGCUUUAUGUAACGCGGGCCAGUGGGAGGAGGCGGUGCAUGUAUAUAACUCCACUCCACUGCAGGACCUCAGUGAUCUGGUUGGCCUGGCUCUGGCCUACUUCAGGGCAGGACUCUUCGCUGAAAGCAUCAAUGCCUAUGAGCGAGGCUUGGCUGUGGCUUCUAACGAGAAAGAAAAGGCAUACAUACUGACUGCUCUGGCCAUGCUGCAGCACCGACAAGGCAACCUCGACCUAGCCAAGACUCUGCUCUUCAAAUGCUCGGUGUUAAAGGAGCCAAUCUCAGAGUCUCUGCUUUGUUUAUGUGCCCUGGGAUUGGUCCACAGUGAUGCUAUGCUAGCUGCUGCUGCCCUGGCAGAGCUGCUGAAACAGGGUCCAGCCUCGGGGAGUGUUGUGGAGCUGCAGUGUCUGCUCACAUGCUCCUUGUUGGCCCUACAGGGCAAUUACAGCGCGGUACAACGAGAGGCCUCCAGAGCUGUACACAGAAAUCCUGGAAACCCAUCCCUCUGGGCUCUUCUGUCCAGAGUGAUACCACAGCACUACCCUAGAAAAGCAAACGGUGGAGCAGUAGCUGGUCAUGUUGCCUGUCUUGCUAGCAUGACCCUAGGAAAGAGGGCGCUGUUGUACAGUGGGGUGAACCUGCUGGCCAGUGGGAGACACUCAGGAGAAGAUGCUCAGAGGAAUGCUCUGAAGAUGAUGCAGAGGGCUGUUCUGCUCUGUCCUGAUGAUCCAGCAGCUUGGGCGGGAUUAAUGGCUGCCUGUCACACUGAAAACACGUCCUGUUAUCUCACUGGUUGUGCUCCUCGCCGACAGUCUCUGGAGCAUUCCCUCAUGUCUGCAGUCUCUGAAAAAGUGCGUAGUAUGGAGGAGAUUGAGCACCCUCUGGCCCAGUCUCUGGAAGGCUGGGUAUUACAGCAGGCUGUGACCGGUCUGAUGCUGGAGGGUCACCUGGACCAGGCAGAGGAGCUCUGCACACAGGUUCUCAGCGUGUCACCUCAACACCCAGCUGUAAUGCUGUCACUGAGACAGGUUCAGUGUCAGCGCCUCCUACUGACUGAUGGUGGUACUGUCCUCCCAGACCCUGUUCUGGAGCAGCUCAACCAAGCUGUGGCCAUGAACCCUACUAACCUUGGAGCAUGGCAUUGGCUGGCUGAGGUGUAUCGUAGCCAGGGCCUGCUGGUUCAGGCCGUCAUGGCCUACAGGCAGAGCCUGCAGCUCUCCCUUCAGCUUGGCGUGCACAACUACCAGCUCGCCAGCCUCCUGAGGCUCGCUCUGCUCGCUUUACGACCCUCUUUGGCAGGUGUCCCAGGAAGUGACUGGAAGGAUCUGGUGAUGGAAGCCACUACAGAGGUUUUGAAGCUGGGUUCUUCCCCCAUGGCUCUGCUUUUUCAAGCCUUGCUUCAGUAUGUGACCAAAACGGGUGCUAGGGAAACAAGGCGCUUGCUGGAGAGACUGGUGUACGUGUCUUCUGAAAGCGUUCCAGUGACAGUGGUGCAGGUGGCAAGUUGGUACCUCCUCAGACAUCUGCAGGCUAAAAAUGACCAGGAACUCAUCAACGUCCUUUUGCAACAUGCUAAAUUGAAUGGAAAUCAAAGACUGCUACAGUUUCACUCUCAUCUUACGUCUUCAUCCUGAAUGUUGCAUCUGUACCACUUUACACACACUGUACAGAUUUAUAAUGAAGUUAUGCAUGCUAAAAAGGCAUUCACAUAUGAGAAGCAUCCGCUUCUUUGCAUGGUGCUGCUCAAUAUGAAAUAAUGCAAAUCUGGACAGCACAGAUAAAAUUAUUUGAUUUCAUUUGCAUGGUUUUAUUUUUGGUUCUUUUUUUACAGAAAAUAAAAUCAGUUCAGAUUUUUUUUAAAUCUAAUGAAAUAAUUUACACCUUCAUUGUAAAAUAAACACAUUUUCCUCA